GAGUCUUGCUUACCCUAAAGACCUCAACCCUAAGAGGAUUUCAUCUCCUUGUUCUGAAAGAGGAUUGCAGAAUGUUAGUGAGAGUCCAUCCUGAACCGUGGCUGAUUAUGGAGAUGAGAAUUUUGAGAGUUUACCACUGACAAAGGCCUAAAACAUUAUUUUGGUUGCUACUGAGGUAAAUUCCUUUCAUGCGGACACAACUUCCUCUGUAGUGAUUGAGGAAUUAUCAUCAACACCCAUAUCUCCCGGCUGCUAUGCUAUUAAAACGACUAGCAAGAGAGAUCCCUAGUCCUGUGCUACAUCAAUCCAAGAGACUGAGCAUAUCUAAUGUGUUGGGGGAGAUCCCUGUGAAAAUAUCAGCCAUUCUGGGAUGGCAUCCUUGCCAACUUACUAAGGGUCGUGCUCGAAGGAAACAUCUUAAUUUCUCUGGGAAUUCGGUUCCCUCUUUUGAAGGGGUGUGGGCGGCUGCCCUUCCACAGCCCCCCAAGGGGCCAUGAGUCUUCUUUGCUGGAACUGUCAAGGAUGUGGUCAACCCUUGACAGUUCAAUACUUGAGCAAAUUAUGCUCAAGAUUUCAACCUGCUGUGGUUUUCUUAAUUGAAACAAAGCAGCAAGAGUGGUACAUGCGAAAUCUCCAACGACGAUUGGUGGAUGUUACCAUCAAAAACUCUUUUAUUGUUUCUUCUUUACGUUUGACCUUUGUCUAUGGUGAACCGAAAAUACAACUCCGGCCUGCACUUUGGCGGGAAUUAAUUCAACUAAGCCACUUUGUAUCCACCCCUUGGCUUUGUCUAGGGGAUUUUAAUGAAAUUCUAUCAGUGAAAGAAAAAGCGAGGGGACGUAGCAAGAGUCCUAGAUUCUCAUGGUCCAACAAACGCCAAGGAAAUAAUCUCAUCAUGGCCAGCAUUAAUAAGGUGUUCAGUAAUGCCGUUUUUCUUCGGGAUCAAGGCCUCAUAGCUAUAUAUUGACAUGCCAUGGUGGCUUCUUACCACACUCCAAUUUUGGGAUAUGAAGGAUUGGCUUAAUUUCCUCUUUGUAAGAUAUAAAGAUGUUCCUUGUCUAAUGGAUUUCCACAUUGCCUGGUCAUCUACAAUUUGGCAGAUCUGGAAGGCUAGAAACAAUGUGGUAUUCAACCAUGGGGAUCCCAACCUUCAUAGUACAAUGUCUUGCAUUGCUACUUCUAUUAUAGAGGGGAACAUCUGUCUAGCAUCUCAAAGUUCGAAUGUUGGGUGUCCUACUGUUGAUAAUUUACCUUUUCGAACACCGGAGGUUCAUUUUGUUAUAUCCACAGAUGGUGCUUGGCGAUCUACAACUCAUAAGGGUGGCCGCAGUGUUGUGAUUAGAGACCAUGAGGGCAGGUUUAUUUUAGUCAAAAGCAAGAUUGAGACUAGUGCUUCUGCUGCAACUGUGGAAGCCGAGGCUUUGCGGGAUGGAAUUCUUUUUGCCCGUGUGUUACAUCAUCCUGCUUUAGUUGUUCUAAGUGACUGUCAAUCUAUCAUCAAGGGUUUGACCUGUAAUAUCUCCUCCCUUGAUUGGGUAGCGAGAGUAAUAGUUGAGGAUAUCAUGUCUUUGUCAUCUUUCUUUAGUGUUUUUUAUUUUCGUUUCCUUCCCCGAUCAAACAAUUGGGAAGCUCAUACUUUAGCCCAUGGGGCUUCUUUGUUAGGAAUUUCUCGGGUUUGGUGGCUCAAUCUACCAAUCUGUCUUGUUAAUAACUGUACUUUGUACUCCGGGUAGGACUUUGUCCUCCCUUGAUUUUCUCUAAUAAAUAGUUUUAUUGUUCUU